GGAAUCACAGAGAGCUUCCACACCCGAAGCCAAUGUCUUCCGAUCGAUUCCCCUUUCCUCCGGCCCAUCUUGCAGAGUAUAAAAACACGGCAUGGGCAACGGUAGCGGCAGUCUAGAAGCUUUUCGUCUUCAUCACACCCGCACUCAAGAGCCAACCAUGAUUCGGGCCAUCGUCUUGCUUACCUUCGCCUCCUACGCCUCCGCCGCUGGAAGCCUUGGCUACGGCCUUGGCCUUAGCCACUAUGGCCUGGCUCAUGGAAUUGGCUACUCCGGCUUGACCGGCUACGGGCUCGGCUAUGCUCCUGCAGUGGCGCGCACAUACGCCGCCUAUCAUGCCGCUCCAGCUGUUGCUGCCGUUCACCAUGCCCCUGCUGUGGCUACCGUUGCCCACGCCGCCCCAGCCGUGGCAUACGCCGCUCCAGCGGUGACCAGCGUUUACCGGUCUGCGCCAGUCGUGGCUGCCGCACCAGCUGUUGCCACCGUUGCUCAUGCUGCUCCAGCUGUGGCGUACGCCGCUCCGGCUGUCACCAGUGUUUAUCGCUCUGCUCCAGUCGUGGCUGCCGCACCAGCUGUUGCCACCGUGGCCCAUGCUGCUCCAGCUGUUGCGUAUGCUGCUCCAGCUGUGUCGUAUGCUGCCCCUGCUGUAACCAGCGUUUACCGCUCGGCUCCAGUCGUGGCCCACGCCGCUCCUGCCAUUUCCUACGCCGGUCCAACCUAUGCUAGCGUCUACCGCUCUGCUCCAGCCGUGGCGUACGCGGCUCCGGCUGUAACCAGCGUUUACCGUUCUGCUCCUGUCGUCGCCGCCGCUCCAGCUGUUGCGACCGUUGCCCAUGCCGCUCCAGCCGUGGCGUACGCUGCUCCAGCUGUCUCCAGUGUUUACCGCACUGCUCACGUUGUGGCUGCCGCGCCGGCGGUCGCCACCGUGCAGGCCGUCCAUGCGGCUCCCGCCGUGGCCGUGCACCACGCUCCGGCUGUUGCCACUGUUCAUCAUGCCCCAGCUUUUGCAACUGUCACCCACCACGCCGUCCCAGCUUACGGCUACGGAGUAAGCAGCCUCGGCUACGGUGCCGGUCACUACGGAUAUGGCCACGGCCUUCUUGGCUAUGGCCUGAACUACGGCUAUGGUCUCGGCACUCCCCUCCACUACAGCGCUCUUCUCCGCAGGAAGAAGUAAACAAGAUAUGUAAGUCCAACUUCAUGACGCAGCCUACCGUGCAAAGAAUUUCAGCACGAGAUGCAAGUUUUGCUCAUGAACAAAUAAAACUGUUUCCCUGCAGUCCUAUUGAAAAA